CCAGCCGAACGAACAGUCGACGUAUUUGGAGCACCUUCCCCGCCAGCGAAGAUGCUGAUGCUUCUAGAGCAGAUAACGCUGGCGAUGUGGAAGGAGCUGUACCUUCGCGCCGUGCUGCGUCGGGGAGGCACUUCCCUCCUCGAAAGCUCCCUGCCUCCGGCACUCUGUCUCGCCUUCAUUGUCUCGGGAUACCAGAGCACCCAGCAGUAUGCCAUCAGCAAGCAACAGAUGGUGGACUGGCCGUGCGCGGUAUCCGAGGCGCAGGUGAUAUUCCGCCGUGUGGCGUACGCCCCACAUUCGCCAUACACCCGCGACCUCAUCGAGGCUGCUUUUAAGCGAUACCCACCGGAAAGGGGCAUAUUGGGCUUCAAAGAUGCUAAAGAUGCCAUAGCGUAUGCCACGAACGGUGCUGCCGACGACAGUUUCGACCUGCUCGUUGAGAUCGCCGAUGUUAGAAACGACGACACCAGGCCACCGGAGGUGCUACGGUAUAACCUGCACUUCAACACCACCCGCAUGUACAUGAUACCAAAUUACGACGACAAGUUUGGCUAUUACCCACUACGACGCGAGUAUCUGCUGCCUAUCCUGUGCAUGAUCGGCGACAGUCAGAUCCAUUUGGUGUCCCGCGCACUGGGCAAAGGCAACAGCACUCGCAGCUGGAGGACCCGCUCCUUCACUCGAAACAUGGCACCUCACAAAACCAAGUUACUGCGGGCCUACGCAGCGCUGGCCUUCGAACUCGGCUUUACCUACUUGUUCAUCAAUUUUGCCGCUGAUGUGGUUCUGGAUAAAAAGACCGGCAGAAGGGAAUUCCGACGUCUCAUGGGUCAAAUCCCGGGUGUCUACUGGUUCGAAGUCAUUCUACGAGCCUUGGGUCCCAUGCUCGUGGCCUCCUUCGCGACGCUUUACGUUGUGACCAGCGUGGCCGACAGCUACGGAGCGUCCUACUUCCAGUACACGAACCCGACGGUCGUCAUGUCCGUGCUGUACAUGUACACCCUCCAGAUGAUAUCCUACAUGCUGGUGCUCAUAGCUUUCUUCUCGUCCGAGACCCUCGUCUCCGUGGCCACGUGUCUCUGGGUCCUCCUCGCCCUCCUUCCGUACAUCGUGUUCAUAGACGAAGGAUACCAUGCAAGGCUCCUGAGCUGCCUGUUGCCCAGCUCGGCGUUACAGCUCGCCUUCGACGUCAUGCUCACGUUUGAGCUCAGUGAUAUAGGUCUGGACUGGACCACUAUGGGGAAGCAAUACGGUCCCGACGUGCCCAGCCUCUCCCUGAUCUUGAUCGUCAUGACGCUGUCGUCCCUGAUCAGCAUGUCGAUGGCCAUAAUAUUGGAUGAUCUCAUCCCUCUCUCUACGAACGUCCACUGGGGAAGAGAGUUCAACAUUUUCAGGAGGGCUAAAAAGGCACCGUCGACACGAGAGCAGGCACCGCACGACUUCUUUGAAGUGACGCACCCGCACACGCACUCGCCUACAAUUGCCGUGGAGCACCUCACCAAGUACUACAACAACCGCGCAGCCCUGAACAACGUUAACCUUCGGCUGUACGAAGGGGAACUCGUGGCCAUCAUGGGUCCAAACGGCAGCGGCAAGUCCACCCUCCUGGGCUGCUUGGCUGGCACCAUAGCUCAAAGCUCGGGAGAGGUGUUUGUCUUGCGGAACUGCAUGCGUAUCGCCACGCAGGCUGCGCACGAGCAUCUGGGAUACUGCCCCGCCGAGUGUGCGCUCGACGACUAUAUGACAGUCACCGAAGCGAUAUACUACUUCUCCAAGCUGAAACAAAUUACCGCUACGAGCGAAUUCGUGUACGAGGUGGUGACGGAUUUUUUCCUUCUGGAACGACGGAACGACAGAAUCUGUGAACUCUCUUAUGGACAAAAGAAGGCGACCAUGUUAGGCGUAUCGCUUGUUGGAUACCCCAAGGUAUUGAUCCUGGACGAACCAAUGGCAGGCGUGGAUGUUCUACUGCGGCGACGCAUGUUGAAGCUCUUGAAGACUAUCAAGCAAACAAUGACUGUCAUCUACACGACACACCGAGCGGACGAAGUGGACUUCGUCGCGGACAAGGUUGGCAUCUUGGCUAAAGGUGCCCUGCAGUGCUAUGGCACGUCAGCGUUCCUGAAGAAAGCCUACGGCACCGUAUACCGUGUCAGGGUCCUCAAGGACACUCCGGAAUGCAAGGCGUCGCGAGUUGAAGCUGAACUACAGAGCUGUCUUCCCACUGCCAAGCUACUUUCGAAGGUUGGAAAUGAGAUGGUCUUUUCUCUCGGCACGAAAAAGCUGGCCCACUUUGGACACACCUUUCGGAACCUAAGGGACAAGGCCGCCGAUUUAGGCAUUAAGGAGAUCGGAUUUCCGUACCUUACCAUCGAAGAUGUUCUGCUCAGAGUUAGCGUCAUGGCGGGGGAAGCCAUGGUGCCGCCGUCCGGAAUUCCUUUCGACCCCAAACAUAACGUGAAAUCCAACUUGGCGCGGGACAACGGCAGCAUGACUGUCCUGAUGCGCAGCAUGAUAGCCCUGCAAGUCUUCCGCAUCCGGCACAUGAGGCAUUACUGGCUGUUCUACUUCUUCGUCUUCUUGUGCGGCGUCUUCAUGUUUGCCGUCUACUGCGACAGACUAACUGCCAUUCGUGUGCCCUCGCCGGGAAAAUUUCCGCAAGACAGGUUCGACAUCAGGGCGCUCAAGCGGGGUUUCUACAAGCUGGGCAACGCAACUGCCGGCAGAACGGUGAAUGCGACAACAGCCAUAGGCUAUGCAGCGCAAGAGGAAACACGCCGCUUGGGCCUCAACAUGACGAAAGUAGCCAGCGCCGUUGACUAUGUCAACUCUCAAAAGAAUAAGGCAGCUUUUGGAUUGGAAUUAGGAGAGCAUUUUCAUGCGGCGUGGUACAACUCGAGGGUGCGUCAAAGCGAGGCACUCUCUCUACUGCUCCUGCAGAACAUCGUCUUGCAGUCGAUGAGUGGAAACUCAAAGUACCGCAUCGAGGCUUCCAGGGACUACAUGCAAGGUGGGGUGACCAUAUCUCCUGCCAACGUUCUGGGAUGGACUGCAGACCUCAAGAUGAAAGCUGUCGGUGCCACCUUCCUGCCUCUCUCUCUCGGCAUCCUUACCUCGGCAGCCGCAGUCUUCCCGACAAUGGACGUCGCCCGUGGAACUCGCCUAUUCACCCGUCUGGCCGGCAUUUCGGGGGCCCUCUACUGGAUGUCUCAUUUCUUCUGGGACUUCUGCAUUCUCUACUCACUUUUCCUCAUACUCCUCGCCCCCCUGGUGGCCACCUUCGGGUUUGUCAACAACGGACAGUUCUGGGUGGCACUCUUGCUUCUGUUGCUCUCCUACGGGUGGGCUGCCACGCCGCUGGCCUACUUCAUCAGCUACUUUUACAGCAGACCGUCCAGGAGCUUCUCAGCAGCCGUCACGCUCAAAGCCUCAGUCGGCGUUCUUGUGUCUCUAUACAUGCUGUUCGUGCAUCGUGCCUAUUACGAGGACGAGGACUUCAUGCAGCACGGCACGCUGCAGGCACUGACCAUGUUUGGCCGUUCCAUACCAACCGUAGCGCUUUCCUGGGGUCUUACCAGGUCCUUCUGGCUCGCCUCGCUCAACGAACUGUGCCACAUAAAGCACGUCGUCGACUUCUUGCAGGCCUGUCGUAUCCUGAACUCCACCGACACUCUUCCGGCGAUCAUCCGCGAAUACUGGUUCCUGGUUCGGUGCUGCAACGCCCGUCUCGCUUGUUCCGCCAAGACGUGCCGUGUUCCGGAGGUCCAGUUGCUCACGUGGAACCCAAUGUCCGUGUGGCCCGAGAUCUGCACUCUCUUCUUGUGCGGUCUCAUGAUGCUGGCAACCGUGUGCUUCGCGGAGACGAACGUGUGGAGCAUCGCCUCCAGGGUCUUUUCCUCGGUGCCUCAUCUGUACCGCGACAGACAGCCGACGUGUUUGCUCAGUGCUCAUGCUAGGAGGAGGUUGUUGCGCUGUUUUGCGUCGAAGAAUCUGGAGUGCGAGGACGCUCUCGUGACAUGUCACGUGCGACAGCAGAUGGGACCUCACACGCCUCUUCAUGACGUCAACUUUUGCGCUCACCGACGUGAAUGCGUCGUCCUACUUGGCGCUUCCGGUUCCGGGAGAUCCGUCUAUUUCAAUGUCCUCACGGGCCGACAGCUCGUGUCGGACGGAAACGUGUACAUAAACGGAGUCGACCUCUUCAACUAUCCCAACCAGUUCAUGUCGUACAUCGGCUACAUGCCGCAAGAGCACAUGUCCGUCGAGUGGUCGACAGGCCGCCAACUGCUGUACAUCCAGGGAACGUUGCGACGCAUACCGGGGCAUGUCUUGGACAACGUAGUCUCUCAACUCAUCUACAUGGUAGACCUUCACAGUGACGCCGAUAAACCCACCACUACGUACUGCAUGGGUUCUCGUCGUAAGCUUGCCUUAGCCAUGGCGGUGAUCGGAGCGCCACCCGUGUUCCUCCUGGACGAUCCAGCGCAGUAUCUGGACCCCGUGGGUCGGCGACGUGUCUGGCACACGGUGAUCACCUUCAUGAAGAAGACGCAUGCCAGCGUCGUUCUCGCCACAAACGAGUAA